AUGAAGCUGGCAUACCUUUUCCUCGGCCCCAUGGCCCUCUUCCUCCUAGCUGGCUGCAGCUGUGUUCUCAGCACGUCCAGUGGGAACCUGCUCACCUUUGUGGGCUGUGCCGUGAGGGAGUUUACUUUCCUGGCCAAAAAGCCUGGCUGCAGGGGCCUUCGGAUCACUACGGAUGCCUGCUGGGGCCGCUGUGAGACCUGGGAGAAGCCCAUUCUGGAACCCCCCUACAUUGAAGCCCAUCAUCGAGUCUGUACCUACAACGAGACCAGACAGGUGACGGUCAAGCUGCCCAGUUGCGCCCCUGGAGUGGACCCCUUCUACACCUACCCCGUGGCUGUCCGCUGCGACUGCGGGGCCUGUUCCACUGCCACCACGGAGUGCGAGACCAUCUGAAGCUGGCAUGGCCUACAGAACACAGCUGGCAGCUUUGAGCUUCACGGACCCAGGUGCACGGGCAACCUGAGCAGCUAUACCCCCUGGAUUCAAGGACUGUUUAAUUCUGACCACCUGUGGAGGAGGUUAUCCGUCUCCCUUAGGCCCAACUCC